AUGAGCUUCGGCGCCGAGCUUCCCGGCCAGGCCCGGGAACGGCCGGACAUGGCCUCGUACCGCGACGGCUCGGGUGCGUGUCCCGUCCCGCACAGCCAGGCCGGGGCCACCGCGCACCCCGUGGCCUACGCGCGCGCCGAUCUGGGCGCGGGGGCGGGGGCCCAGUGCCCGUGGCUGAACGCACCGGCUCUCAGCCCCGCGCCCUACACAGCCGGCCCCCGGCCCGCGCCCCCCUACGCGGCCCCCGGCCCGCUCCUCGGCGCCCCGGGCGGCCUGGCGGGCGCAGACCUCGCGUGGCUGAGCCUCUCGGGCCAGCAGGAGCUGCUGAGGCUGGUGCGGCCGCCCUACUCGUACUCGGCGCUCAUCGCCAUGGCCAUCCAGAGCGCGCCGCUGCGGAAGCUGACGCUCAGCCAGAUCUACCAGUACGUGGCCGGCAACUUCCCCUUCUACAAGCGCAGCAAGGCAGGCUGGCAGAACUCCAUCCGCCACAACCUGUCGCUCAACGACUGCUUCAAGAAGGUGCCCCGCGAGGAGGACGACCCAGGUAAGGGCAAUUACUGGACCCUGGACCCAAACUGCGAGAAGAUGUUCGACAACGGCAACUUCCGACGGAAGAGGAAGAGGAGAGGAGAGGUGAGCGCCGCCGCAGCCUCGGGAGCCGGGAGCCCCGGAGGAGCCAGGGCGCCGGAGCUGGAGGCCCUGGGCGCCGCCUCCCCGGACCUGCAGGCCCCGCCGUCCCCGCCCGCGCCCGAGGCGGCCACCUGCCUGUCCGGUUUCGCCUCGGCCAUGGGCGCUCUGGCUGGCGGCCUCGGUACCUUCCCCGCGGGCCUGGCGGGGGACUUCUCAGUCGGGAGACCGACGACGGUCGCCGCCCACGGGCCCCGGGCCCCAGGCCCCGCACCCGGCUUCGGUGCCGGACGUCAGACCCCCGCCUUCCGCGUGGACCCCUUCGUCUACCGUCGGGAGGGGACCGAAGUGUAG